CAAACAGCCAUCCAUAAAGAAACACAAUGUUUGGACAAAUCAUUGUAUUUCUGCUUACCAUUCUGCCAGAUUUUUCAGCUAACGUGCAGCUGUACCAGUGGCCGCGCUUCGUGGGCCUGAAGGCGGGCCGCAGUGUGGUGCUGAGCUGCCGUAACUACGCUGGGCAGCCCAUGACUGGAGUCACAUGGAAGAGGAGGGCGGCCUCUCACCAUAGCGGGAGCAGUGGCGCCGCCACCAGGUUGAUGGAGAGCGGUACAGUGAGUUUCGGAGAGGGCACCGGCUCCCUGGCUCUCAGGCGACUGGAGCCAGAAAACAGUGGAGUCUACUACUGCCACUUCAAUGGCACCGAGGGGCCGGGCAGUGAGGUGCAAGUACACAAGCAAAGGAACUUGGAGGCUGCCAUCAGGAGGAGUAACAUGAAGGAUGUGGUCAUCUUCCUACAGGCCUUGCUGCUGGGCAUAUUCCUAUUGAUACCAUACCUCUGUUACAAGGACAAGAAGGCUUAA